AUGAAGCUGCUCAAACUGCUGAUUUUCCUGGCCCACUGGCGAGUGGCGAGGGCUGGACCAGGAAAGUUCUGGCACGUCUCUGACCUUCACCUUGACCCUGACUACAAGGUAUCCGCAGACCCCCUCCAGGUUUGCCCAUCAGCAGGCUCCCAGCCGGUGCCCAACUCGGGCCCCUGGGGUGACUACCUCUGUGAUUCCCCCUGGGCCCUCAUCAACUCCUCCAUCUACACCAUGAAGGAGAUCGAGCCCGAGCCCGACUUCAUCCUCUGGACAGGUGAUGACACGCCUCAUGUGCCCAACGAGAGGCUGGGAGAGGCGGCUGUGCUGGAGAUUGUGGAACGCCUGACCAAGCUCAUCAGAGAGGUCUUUCCAGAUACUAAAGUAUACGCUGCUUUAGGAAAUCAUGACUUUCAUCCCAAAAACCAGUUCCCAGCAGGGAGCAACAAUAUCUACAAUCAGGUAGCAGAACUGUGGAGACCCUGGCUCAGUAAUGAAUCCAUCGCUCUCUUCAAAGAAGGUGCCUUCUAUUCUGAGAAGCUGCCGGGGCCUGGGAGGACUGGGCGAAUCGUGGUCCUCAACACCAAUCUGUACUAUAGCAACAACGAGCAGACGGCCAGCAUGGCUGACCCUGGCCAGCAGUUCCAGUGGCUGGAAGACGUGCUGAGCAAUGCGUCCAGAGCUGGGGAAAUGGUGUACAUCAUUGGCCACGUGCCCCCGGGCUUCUUUGAGAAGACGCGGAACAAAGCGUGGUUCAGGGAGGAAUUCAACGAGAAGUACCUGAAGGUGGUCCAGAAGCACCAUCGAGUCAUCGCAGGGCAGUUCUUCGGGCACCACCACACCGACAGCUUUCGGAUGUUCUAUGAUGAUACAGGUGCCCCCAUCAGUGUUAUGUUCCUUACACCUGGAGUCACCCCAUGGAAAACCACACUACCUGGAGUGGUCAACGGGGCCAAUAAUCCAGGCAUCCGGGUGUUUGAAUAUGACCGAGCCACACUGAGUCUGCAGGACAUGGUGACUUACUUCGUGAACCUGAGCCAGGCGAACGCGCACGGGGAGGCGCGCUGGGACCUGGAGUACCGCCUGACCGCGGCCUACGGGGUGCCAGACGCAGCCGCCCGCUCCAUGCACGCGGCGCUGGGCCGCAUCGCCGGCGACCAGGGCGCGCUGCAGCGCUACUAUGUCUAC